AUGAGACCAGAACCAAGUCACAUCAGUGAAAUGACACGUCCGUCAUUUUUUGGGAGCAACCGCGACAUGCAUCCUAUUGACUUCCUACAUCGUCUCGACGAAUACUUCGCCGUCAAACAAUUCUAUAUCGGAGAAAAAAUAAUCGUAGUGGGAGAUUGCCUAAAAGGGACAGCAUUCAAUUGGUUUUCGACCAUACGGUUUCAACUGAGAGACUAUGACGAUUUUCGAAAGGCAUUCAUCGACGAAUAUUGGUCGAGAGAGAUUCAAAUCCAAAUCUGGAGCCAGUGCUUAAGUAUAACACAUGUACCACAAAAUACUAAUUUUAGGGAGCACUUCGCGACAUGGGCCACCAAACUGAGGCACCUAGAAGUACCGCGCCUAUCAGAACCAGAGAUAGUCAAACACAUCGCCAAGCACUAUCCAGGCUAUUUAAGGGCCAUUCUAGUAUCAAUGCCAGAACGAACAAUAUUAUCAGCGAUGAAAAUAUUAGGCGAAGAAGGACAAAAUCAAUCGCGGAAAGAUGAUACCCGUCAUCAACCUAAUAAUAAUAAUCAACAGGAAAAUAAUCGUCCGAACAACAGUUCAGAGGGACAAGCAACACAAAACAAUUGGAAUCACAGGUCCAACAAUCGAAAUAAUAAUCGAAACAAUGAUUAUCAACACAAUAAUCGCAACAACGAUUAUCAACACAAUAAUCGAAACAAUGAUUAUCAACACAAUAAUCGCAACAACGAUUAUCAACACAACAAUCGAAACAACAGUCGACACAAUAAUCAAAACACAUCUAGAGAAAAUAAUCAACAAAUUAACCAAGUCUCCACAAGCAAUGACAGUAAUGAACCCGAACAAACCAUUAAUCAAAUGGAAGGAAAUGGUGAGUCAUUUAGUCCGUACAUACAAUGUCUCAUUGAGGGUGAAGAGGUAGAAGUGCUAGUGGACACUGGAGCAACAAUCAGUGUGUUAACCAAAGAGGUGGUUGACACCAUAAUUAAGAAAAAUCCCCGAAUACCACAGUUACCUGUCACCGGCGUAAAAAUAAGUAAUGCUGUUGGUAAACAAAUCUGCAAAACAUCAAAACAAGUAUUUUGUCAAUUUCAAGUCGGAGAGGCCACAAUAGUAUCAAAUUUCAUACAAGUUGAGGGACUCAAUGAAAGAGGCAUCAUAGGCUCAGAUAUAUUAAACAAAUAUAACAUGCAGAUUGAUUUCGACAACCAUACGAUCAGAAUGAAAAUAGCAGGACAAAUCUACUUCGUACCGUUUUCAAAAAAACUACCGAAAGUUACCGCACCUCAAGGCAAUCUGAAGGAAAUCACCGUCCAGGAGUGUAACGAAGAACGUAAAAAUAAUCAAGUGAUGAUUAGUGAUGAAGAAAACGAACAAUUCGAUACGCUCAUGAACCAAUAUGCUCACAUUUUUUCCAACCGCCCAGGGAAAAUUACUGCGUUCGAGUGUCAAAUUAGAACGACCGAGGGGACACCAAUCUAUCAAAAACCCUACUCCAUUCCAGUGUCAAAAAAUAACCGUAUUGAUCGAGAAAUACAGCGAAUGCUAGAUCUAGAUAUCAUUGAGACAUCUACGUCACCAUGGUCAUCUCCCAUGGUGGGUAUAGAAAAAAAAAAUGGUGAUAUACGAAUAUGCAUUGAUGCAAGAAAAAUCAACACUCGUAUCAUUCCUGAUCGCGAACGUCCAAUGAAUAUUGAAGACAUUAUGAAUAAAUUUCAAGGGGUAAAAUAUUUAAGCUCCAUUGACCUGACCGCCGGAUACUGGCAAUGCCCAUUGCGCAGGGAUUGCAGAGAAAUCACAGCAUUUUUACAUAAGGGCAGAAACUACCAAUAUAAAGUAGGUACUACCUUUUGGCCUCGUCAAUUCGGUCGCCGAAUUUCAAAAAAUGCUUGA